UCUCACUCUCCUUCCUUCUCCCUCUCUCUCUCUCUCUCCCCCUCUCCUUCCUUCUCCCUCUCUCCCCCUCCUUUUCCCUCUUUCUCUCUCAUUCUCCCUCCUUCUCCCUCUCCCUCUCCACCUUUCCCUCCCUUUUACACACUCGCUCUCUCUCACUCCCUCUCAGUCUCUUUCUCUCUCUCUCUCUCUCUCUCACACACACACACACACACACACUCUCCCUCUCAGACUCCCUCUGUCUCCCUCUUACACACACACACACACACACACACACACACACUCUCUCUCUCCCUCCCUCCCUCUCACGCACUCUCUCUCCCUCCCUCUCAGACUCUUUCUGUCUCUCCCUCCCUCUCCCUCCCUCCCUCUCUCUCUCUCUCUCUCUGCCCCCGUCGUCUUGUUUUCAGAGCAGCAGGCUACACUUCGCCUCCGUGUAGGCUACGUUAACGUUCUGCGUAGCCCGGAUGUGGAUGCGAGCAGGUCUCGCGCCUCCGUCGGUACACACUCACACUCGCACACACAUACUCACUCACGCGCGCGCGCAGGCAAGGAGCACACCUGGACGCGUCAUGUGACCCGCUACCUGGGCGUGGAGAAAGACUGACUGUUAUUCUGCCUCGAUGCUUUUUUUGUUGAAUGGGAGGCUCAGGCUGUGAGCGCGCGCUGUGCCAGAUGUUGCCAUUCUCCCUGCAAAAGUAAGAUGUGAACUUUUUUUGCGUCAUUUUGGGGGAAUUUAUUUCUCGUUUUGUUUGUUUGUUUGUAUUUUUUAAGCCCAAACCGCUAUCUGGACGUGUUUGUGCCGCUGCUCCUGUUCCUACCAAGAGGUUGCUGACGUCAGUCCUGGGGACCCCCCGCCCUGUCGACACACAAGAUCCAACCGAUCAGCUAAUUAUUAAGUCCUUAAUGAGCUGGAGCAGCUCUCUGUCCAGCCACUCACUCUGGCUUUAGUUCAGGGAGGAAAAACAAAGGUAAGAUCAGCUGCUUUCAGAAGUAAUCUGCCUGUUUGUCGAGAUGGGAGAUUGGGUGCAGGUGGUCCUGCUCUUGGUGUGUGUCUCCUCCUUUUCCAGUGAGGGGACAGUCUUGGAGUUUCCCACACACACGCACAUCAACAAUGUAGUGCAGGACCCUGCAACGGGCCGAGUUUACCUGGGUGCAGUCAAUGCCAUUUACCAGCUCGACGCUUUCCUCAAGCUGGAAGCUAAAGCAGAGACGGGGCCUAAGAAAGAUGCUCGCAGCUGCACACCCCCCGUGUCCACCUCCACAUGCAUGUCUGCGGACCUUAAAGACACGAACAAUGUCAAUAAGCUCCUCCUGGUGCACUCUGCGAACGGAUCUCUGAUAGCGUGUGGGAGCGUGUACAGAGGAAUCUGCUCCCUGCUGAACCUCAGCAACGUGAAUCAACAGAUCUACUACAGCGACAGUAAAGGAGAGAGGACGUACGCUGCCAGCAUUGAGGACAGCGUUUCGGUCGUCGGUAUCAUGGCCACCUUCCAGUUCAAAGACGACCCGGGGAAAAAGCCAUUCAACGUCUUUCUGGUUGGGAAGGGCUACGGCAGCCAGGAGGACAACCCAAAGCUCAUCACCACACGCAUCUUGGAGAACUACAAGGAGUGGGUUGUGUUCGAGAGCAUCGUGGAGGCCUCUGCGGUCCAGGCCAUUCCCUUUGCACCCAAGUACCAGCACCAAUUCCGCUUUGUCUUUAAAGACUCCGGCUUUGUGUAUUUCCUCUUCUCACGCACUCAAGGCGGGACUGACAACAAGAACUUCACUUUCGUGUCCCGGCUCUGUGAGAAAGACGAAGGUUAUUACUCCUACACCGAGCUGCAGCUAAACUGCAGUGCAAAUGGCGUCCACUAUAAUAAAGUCCAGGCUGCAUAUGUGACCGAGCCAGGAAAGGAGCUAGCUCGCGCCAUGCUGGAUUCCGGCUCAUACGGAACCAUUACGGUCUGGGAUAAAGUGCUGUUUAUAGUGGCCACUCCAGAUGGUGAGAACGCAACAGACUCUGCUCUUUGCAUGUAUCCGUUAAAGCGCAUUAAUGAAAGGGUGGAGGACAUCCUCAGUGCCUGCUACACUGACUACGGAAAGAUUGGAGGAAGACCAGCUGUGUACAGCCCUUACAUAUCCAGUACAGGCAAUCCGUGUGCCCAUCGGCAUAGUAAGGAAAUCGUGGACCAAAACAGGUGUGGAGCAGAGUUCCUCCGCUCUCCGCUGGCCAGCAGGCCAGAGUUUGCCCUGCAGUCAGAGCCAUUCUUCACCAAACAGGCUCGAGGUCAUCUGACUGCUGUGGCCAUUGCUGUGGAAAAUGACCAUACUAUUGCCUUUGUAGGGAACACCAUGGGAGAGGUACUGAAGGUUCAUUUGUCAAGCAAACCAGAGGUGUACAACAGGGUUCCUGGGGACACCAUGGGUGAACACGUGAAUAAGAAUCUUUUCUUUGACAAGACCCAGAGUCACAUAUACAUCACUACGGAGAAAAAGAUCACUAAGGUGCCAGUGCAGUCGUGCCACCAGAAGACUGACUGCAAGUCCUGCGUGGCUCAGAAAGACCCAUACUGUGGCUGGUGUGUCCUGGAGGGCAGGUGCACCAGGAGGUCAGAGUGCAGUCGAGCUGAAGAGAAGAAUGGAUGGCUGUGGAGCCCCAGACAGCAGUGUGUUAAAAUAGUUUCCUUCCAUCCUCCCAACCUCAGCUGCAAGAGAUCCCAGCAGGUUGAAAUCAACAUUCCAUCGCUGCCCAGCAUCAGAGACUUUGACAGGAUCCACUGCACAAUCGGUUCAUCCAAUAGUAAAGCUACCAUGGUGGACUCGAUGGUCAGAUGCAACCUGCCUCCCCCUAACCGACUUCCUCCUACACCUCCACACCAAGAUUCGGUGGCAGUGCCAGUGAGGAUCUUCGUGAACGACAGCGUGGAGGUGGCCUCCCGUGACUACGAGUUCUACGACUGUGCAGCAGCAGUGCGCAAAGCGGAAAAUACUCCCUGUAUAGCGUGUGUGAGCAGACCGUGGGCGUGUCAGUGGAAUACUGCCGAUCACACGUGCUCGGAUAUGAAUGAUGCUGAAACAGGGCCCAAUAUUAUCAAACACAGACAGACAAAGAAAUGUCCACGGUUUGAAAACCCGGAUCCUGUCCUCAUUCCAGUGGGAUAUAAGACUCGCAUCAGUUUUGAAGGAGUAAAUCUGGAGCCCUACAAGGGCAGAGAGUUCACCAUCGGUACAGACCUAAUGAAACAGUUUGAAGAUGAUGUGAAAACUGAAGAGGGUCCAUUUUUCUCUUUCAGUGGAUACAUGUUUUCAUAUGAUAAGGCUCAGGAGACCAGCAUCCUGUUCCAUAUUAAAGACAAGCACACAGAGAAGAAGAUUGACAGCACACUAAAUGUAACACUGUAUAACUGUUCGUUGGGCCGGGAGGACUGCAGUCUGUGUAAGAACACAGACUUUAAGUACAACUGUGUAUGGUGUGCUCGAUCACGCUCCUGCGUGUUUCAUAAACUGUGUCCCAGCGAUGAGGAGCAGGAAUGCCCAGACCCUGUCAUCUCAGCAAUAAGUCCACGCUACGGUCCACUGAAGGGAGGCAUCUCAGUCACCAUUAAAGGUUCUAACUUGGGCAUUCACAAGGAUGAUAUCAAGAGCAUCUCUGUAGCAGGAGUUCCCUGCAUCCACCAGGAGGAGAAAUACUCUGUUUCUACAAGCGUCGUGUGUGAAAUUGGUCAAGUGAUCCGCCGAGGCCCGCAUGAAGGACUCGUGGAGGUGGAGGUCAAGGGAGAGAGGAGAAGCAAAUCCUCAGUCUUCUUUACUUACCGAGACCCCAAGCCUGAGGUGGUGCAGCCCAGACGAGGUCCCAGAGCGGGAGGAACAAUCAUCACCAUCACCGGCACUGACCUCGAUACGGCUUCUAAAGAAGACAUUGACAUUUCUGUGGGUGGAGUGGCAUGCCCAGUUGAAGAGUUUGGGAAGCAAAUUACAUGUAAGGUGGGGCAGUACAGGAAUGAAAAAGUGCCCUCCGACCCCUUGCCCGUCACUGUACGCUACGGAAAACACACCAGCAUUCAGGUGCCUGCCUUCUUCCAGUUCUCCAGCAACCCGGACAUUUCCGACCACCAGCCCAGAAGCAGCUUCGACUGCGGUGGGAGGAAGAUCAGAGUGAUGGGCUCUGGGUUCGACCUCAUCCAGAAAGCCACCAUCAUAGUGCAGGCUUCAGCUGAUGAAUGGUCUGGACUUCAGACUCCUAUGGAGUUCAGUCAGGAUGCUCGCAGUAAGAACGACACCAUGCUGCAGUUUCUCUCCCCUACCGUGAAUAGAACAUACGAGAGCCAGUCCUUCAGAACUUUCAUCCAGCUGGACAACCUCAUCGAGGAGCUGAAACCGUUUGAUUACUACCCAGAUCCCACCUUCAAUGAACUCCCCAACAAAGUCAUCCCAGAAAACAGCAUGAUUAUUGUCACGGGUCGUGGUUUUUCCAAAGCCAUGACAGCGAAGGAAGCGGAGGCAUUCGUGGGUGAUGUAUCCUGUAACGUGAACACUCUUCAGGAUGAUAAGCUGUUCCUGGAUCCACCCACCACCACCCCGAGAUCUCGUUCCAAGAGACAGCGGAGAGACACGACAUCUGAACCGCUAGACCUUCUGAUUAAGUUUGGUAAUGGUGAGUGGGUGGUUGGCUCUGUGCACUAUGAGAGGAAGUACGAGGUGAAACUGGAUACAAUUAUCAUCCCUGCAGUUAUCGUCCCAAUGCUGCUGAUCAUAGCAGUCUCGAUUGUGUGCUACAGGAGGAAGAGCCAGCAGGCAGAGCGGGAGUAUGAGAAGGUGAAGCAUCAGUUAGAGAAUCUGGAGGAGAGUGUACGUGAUCGCUGCAAGAAAGAAUUUACAGACCUGAUGAUCGAGAUGGAGGACCACACGAAUGAUCUGAGUGAGGGUCGCAUCCCAUUUCUGGACUAUAAGACCUACACGGACCGUGUUUUUUUCCUGCCCUCGAAAGAUGGAGCCAAUGACGUCAUGAUCACCGGCAAGCUGAAUAUUCCAGAGUCCCGCAAAGCCAUAGUGGCGCAGGCUCUUAAUCAAUUCUCCAACCUGCUGAACAGCAAGACCUUCCUCAUCACUUUUAUCCGGACUCUGGAGGCUCGUCAAGACUUCAACGCGAGAGCCAAGGUGUACUUUGCAUCUCUGCUGACCGUGGCCCUGCAUGGGAAGCUGGAAUACUACACAGACAUCAUGAGGACACUGUUGUUGGGGCUUAUGGAGGAGUAUGUGCAGAGUAAAAACCCCAAACUCAUGCUGCGCAGGUCAGAGACGGUGGUUGAGAGGAUGCUGUGUAACUGGAUGUCAAUCUGCCUCUAUCAGUUCCUAAAGGACUCUGCAGGAGAGCCUUUGUAUAAACUCUUCCGAGCCAUAAAGCAUCAAAUAGAGAAAGGCCCAGUGGAUGCACAGGUGAAGAAGGCUAAAUACACACUCAAUGACACAGGCCUGCUGGGUGAUGAUGUGGAGUACUCCAUGCUGACCCUACAGGUUUUGGUUCAGGGGGAGGGUCCUGACAUCACUCCAGUGAAGGUGCUGGACUGUGACACUAUUUCUCAGGUGAAAGAGAAGAUCAUUGAGCAGGUGUACAAAAACCUACCCUACUCACAGAGGCCAAAAGUGGAUAGUGUCACACUUGAGUGGCGCCCCGGCUCCACAGGGCAGAUCCUGUCAGAUCUGGAUGUGACCUCGCAGAAAGAGGGCAGAUGGAGACGCCUUAACACACUAGCACACUACAACGUUCGAGAUGGUGCCAUGCUAAUCCUUUCCAGGGUUUUACACACACAGCAGUCGUACGACCAAAACCACGACAACCACGAGGAGCGAAAUGCCCUGCUGGAGGAUGAUAAAGUGUUCCAUCUGGUCAGGCCGGCUGAUGAGCUGGAUGACGUGAAGUCAAAAAGAGGCAGCAUUAAGGAUAAGUCCAUGACCAAAGCCAUCACAGAGAUCUAUCUCACUCGUCUGCUCUCGGUCAAGGGCACGCUGCAGCAGUUUGUAGAUGACUUCUUCCGCAGUGUUCUCUGUUCAGGAACCGUGGUGCCACCUGCCAUUAAAUACUUUUUCGACUUCCUAGACGAGCAGGCCUUAAAACACGAAAAUGUGGAUGAGGAGACCAUCCACAUCUGGAAGACCAACAGUCUCCCUCUUAGGUUCUGGGUGAACAUUCUGAAGAACCCUCAUUUCAUCUUCGACGUCCAUGUGACAGAAGUGGUUGAUGCCUCAUUAUCGGUCAUUGCUCAGACCUUCAUGGAUGCCUGCACUAAAUCGGAGCACAAACUCAGCAGGGACUCCCCAAGCAACAAACUUCUCUAUGCAAAGGAGAUCUCCACGUAUAAAAAGAUGGUGGAUGACUACUACAAAGGAAUCCGACUCAUGGUGCCAGUCAGUGACCAAGACAUGAACACACACUUAGCUGAAGUGUCACGGGCCCAUACCGACAAACUGAAUACACAAGUUGCCCUCCAUCAGCUGUACCAGUACGCCAGCAAAUACUAUAAGGAGAUCAUCCUGGCUCUGGAUGAAGACCCUGCAGCUCAGUGUAAGCAGCUCACAAUGCGACUCCAGCAGAUAGCCGCCGCUCUCGAGAACAAAGUGACAGAUCUCUAACCCGUCCACAGAGAGACAGACGGAGAGAAAGAGAUUGACGUGCAACGAAACCGCCACUGGUCACGUCAGACUCAAGUCUCUGGGGCAGAAGAAGGAACAAUUAAAGCAUAAAAGUCCCUUGGUGUGUAAUUAGCAUAUAAAUAUAAUCAGAUGUUGAAUUUCUUCCUGUGUAGAGAAAAAAAAAAAGGUUUUAAGAAUUGUAUUAUAUAUUUUUUUUAAUGUGCAGUCUUUAUGCGGAAAGCUUUAUAAGGAAGAAAUAACUUUUUAAAUUGACAGCCUUGUGUUGAUUUUGUUUAUAAUGUCUCUGUAUAAAUGUGAGGUGUGUGUGUGUGUGUGUGUGUGUGUGUGUGUGUGUGUGUGUGUGUGCGAGUGCAAGUGAGUUGACUGCCAAUUGCUCACACACACGAUGCCUAAAUUCUGACCAAAAGGGAGCUGCUCAGUCAUUGGUAUUGAGCACUGUUGUGUGUGUGUGUGUGUGUAUGUCCGUGUGUGUGUGUGUGUGUGUGUGGAAUCAUGACUUAUGCAUUGUUCAACCAAACAUCAUCAAAUAUGGUCGUUGUCUGAAAGCACACAGACGGUUUUCCCAGCAGGGGUUGCUUGUGUUUUUCUAUUGAUUCAGACCUGCUGAGCUUUUGGUGUCGCCUUAGGAACCGGAGGAAACACUGAAAAAGCCAGUGUUAUGAUCCAUAGCAGCACAUUUCCUGUCCAUACCCUUAAUUCACCAAAACAGCACAGACGAGAUUUCGAUUAAGGCAAUAGUAUUCAAACUGAAAAGUUUCUCAACACAAGGCAUGUCAUUUUUCUACGUAAAGUAACGUAUUCUGAAAAAAAAGGUCCUUUAUUUGUGUACAGCCAUUGUUCAUAUCAGGAAUACGGUUAUUGUUAUAUGUUGUUCAGUGCACAAGUUUAGUUCGUCUCAGAAAAAGACGGUAACAUUUUAUGGUGCAACGUACUAAAAAUUGAUGGCAAUUCAUUUCCGAGAUGAUUACAGCAUACCUGUAUUUCCUCUAAGAAUUGCUGCAACGUGACUGAAUCAAAUGCUCCAUUGACUUCUUUAAUAUAAGCUCAUCCUAAUAUCAUAAAACCGCUCGACUGGAGGUUUUGUCCAGGACAUGAGUUUGAGUUUCACGUUUUUCCCCCCAAAUCUCCACCAUUUUCUAAACAUUUCACAGUAUGUACAUUUUCAUUGCUGACCUUUUGCUAGUAAGUACACAAUUCUGAGGGCUGAUAGACUUUUUGUUCUCCAAUGAACGAAACCUGUUGCUUUCAAAUAUUAGCAUCUUCUGUGCACUCGAACGAUUCAAUCCUCUACUUCAGUCACGUGCAGAAAUUAGUGACGGAGAAAAGCACUUAGGAACAAGUGGCCGCUUACGGCUCGGUACUAAACUAAAUGGUACUUUUUAACUGAUCUGGAUUGCAUCAUGUUAAUUGGAAAAGAACAUAAAUGUGUCACAUGAUAACGCCUGCUUUGCUUUUUUUUUUUGUUUGUUUCAUUAUUUGUACUCAUACCUCUAGAUGUCAUAAACGUAAGCACCAAAUACUGCAAUACACAGAAAUCCUUCUCACUGUUGUUGAGUACUAUAAGCUUUUAAGGUAGCCUCUUUCUUUUUCUAUGAAGCUGUUCAAUGUUGUUCUCUUUGUUGAUCCAGGAUCAGUUUUGAGAUCUCUCAAAACUCUAUAGUGACUGAGAUUAGGAUUUUGGUCAGCCAAAACUGGUUCUUGAUCACCACAAAUCCCUUUUUUUUAAUCCUCUUUUUGAGCUGUACCUCUCAGGGCUUGUCUUGCCCCUGAUUUUACUGCCAGUCGGAUACAUUUCGGUCUCUGAAUAGUGGGAGUUCCUCUUUGAAGUAAUGCUGGUCUGUUUUGUCGCUGAACAGUGUGGGGCAUUGUGAAGAAGCCUUGUGGCGCUUGGCACUGCCCACUCAAUUCCCCUGCGCUGUAAUGAAAGCAGCGGGAGCCGUGUUUGAUCUUAAUUGCAUGUGGGCUGCUGACACCGUGCUUUUCAAAACGCGCGCAAUAUUCCUCAUUUUUCAUUUCUGUUCACAACCACAGACCAAGCCCUUAUCCCGUAUAGCUCAAUGUAAAGCUUCUUCAGCCUUUCUUUCACCAAAACGUGCCUUAAAUGAUACGUGUUACACCUUUUUGUUGAUUAUCGAUGAUAUUGGUGAUAAUGGCGAGUUGUAGUCAUAGGGCGCUUGCAGUGUAUUUGCAGCCGUGGUGUUGAGUGUAAGUAGGAUCAUUUUGUGCCGUAGUCACAAUGUGCCAAUAGGCUAAUCAAAUAAGAGAGAAAAAGGCAGUUUUUAUAUUAGUGUGCAUCUUUGGGGCGUCUAUGGCUUGUAUUGUGUGUGUGUGCGUGUGUGUGUGUAUGGGUGGGUGUGUGUGCUUUUGUAGUUGUAUUGGGAACAAGCUUAGAUUAGUCUGAACUAAACUAAGCUGUGGUGAAUGUAAAAUAAUUCCCCCAAAGCAUCUGCGACUUUGCUUUUUAUUCCUCAUCCAAAAGGAGAAUCUUCAAUAGAAGUGUUGAGUAGCACAGGGUGUUUCACUGUUGUGUUAUCCCUUAGAGCUAUAAUUUGUUUCUAUGCUAUUCCAUAGUGUGUAUGAAAAAUAUCUAUACUCGAUGACCUUCUUACUGCUGUGCAGUUAUUUUUAUUCUUUCAUGUCCUAUGAUAUUAUAUGCCUUUGUAUCAACAGAAAAGCAAAUCUGUCAACAAUGUAUUCUUGUGUAAUAUCCUAUGCAUUGAAGUCCUGGAAAAUGGCGAUAUGUUGUGCUGUUAUCAAGAUGUUUUUUUUCCCCCCUUGUGGUUGUAUAGUGAACCAAGAUUCCUGGGACUGUAACGUACAGUAAGGCAGGAGAAUAAAGAUUAGCCAGGGCUCUUUCAGGCCUGGCACCUCAGAAGAGUUCUUACAUGCCUAAUCUGUUUGUACUGAAGUGCUCGCCACUCAGCAAGGGUCAAGGCCUGACAAAACACCUUGCGCCCUUACAUCAAUAAAGAGACACUUCCAUUUCA